AUGGCGACAGACGCCAACGCUCUCGCCGACCAGCUCCAGCAGCUUGGUCUCGACAACAUCGAAACUUCUUUCCCUGGAUGUCACCCUGAUACCAACCCAGUCGAUAUCUACCGUUCACACAUCACAAGCCUUUUGGCGCCUAUUACUGGUGUUGAUCCUAAGAUUAUCUACCCCGCCAUCCAGUGGACUCAGACUCUCGACAAGGGAGAUGCUAUUCUUGCUGUUCCUGCCCUCCGAGUGAAGGGCAAGAAGCCUCAAGAGCUUGCUGAGGAAUGGGUUGCUCAGUUCCCCGAGUCUCCUCUUAUUGAGAAGCCUACCGCUGCUGGUCCCUUUAUCUCCUUCUUCUUCAAGCCCAAUAAGCUUAUCAGCAUGCUCCUCCCUACGAUUCGAAAGCGCGCCGACAACUAUGGCAAGAACCCUUACAACGGCCUCCGAGACCCCAGCGACCCCAACUCUGGCAGGAAGCGAAUGAUUGUCGAGUUCUCCUCGCCCAACAUUGCCAAGCCUUUCCACGCUGGCCAUCUCCGAAGUACCAUCAUUGGUGGUUUCCUCGCUUCUUUGUACGAGAGUGCUGGAUGGGAGGUAACCCGAAUGAACUACCUCGGUGACUGGGGUAAGCAGUAUGGUCUGUUGGCUUUGGCCUGGGAGAAGUGGGGUGAUGAGGAAGCCCUCAAGGCCGAUCCUAUUAACCACCUCUUCAACCUCUACGUCCGAAUUAACCAGGAUAUGUCCGCCGAGAAGGAGGAGAUUGCGGCCAAGAAGGCUGCUGGUGAGGACAUCACUGCGCUUGAGGAGAAGUCCCUGGACGAGCAAGCCCGAAAGUACUUCCGACGAAUGACAGACGGCGACAAGGAGGCCGUCGACCUCUGGCGACGAUUCCGAGAUCUCAGCAUUACUCGAUACAAGAAGACCUAUGCCCGACUCAACAUUGAGUACGACGAAUACUCAGGAGAGUCUCAGGUCCCCGAGGAGGACAUGGAAAAAGCCGCCAAGGUCCUCUCUGAGAAGGGCCUGACCGAGGACGCUAAUGGUGCUAUCCUCAUUGACUUCUCCAAGCACGUCCCUGGCAAGCCUGGCAAGAGUCUGGAGAAGGUCAUUCUCCGAAAGAAGGAUGGCACUGCUCUGUACCUCACCCGAGAUAUCAGCGAGCUUCUCAACCGACAAGAAAAGUACAACUUUGACCACAUGAUCUACGUUGUCGCUUCUCAACAGGAUCUCCACUUGAAGCAACUCUUCAAGACCAUUGAGCUUAUGGGCCACGAGGAUAUUGCUAAGAAGUGUCAGCACAUCAACUUCGGUAUGGUUCUUGGUAUGAGCACCCGAAAGGGUACUGUCAAGUUCCUUGACGAUAUUCUCCGUGAUGUCGCCGACAAGAUGCAUGAGGUCAUGAAGAAGAACGAAACCAAGUACUCCCAGGUCGAGAACCCCGAGGCUGUUGCCGAUAUCCUUGGUAUCAGCAGUGUCAUGGUCCAAGACAUGUCUGGAAAGCGAAUCAACAACUACAAGUUCGACAUGGACGUCAUGACCUCUUUCGAGGGUGACACUGGCCCUUACCUCCAGUAUGCUCAUGCUCGUCUGUGCUCUAUCCGCCGACGAGUUGGCCUUUCCGACGAUGAGCUGGCCACUGCCAACUACGAUCUUCUAACCGAGAAGCACGCUACCGACCUCGUCCGACUUCUUAGCCAGUGGCCCGACGUUGUCCAGAACACUCUCAAGACCCUUGAGCCCACCACCAUCUUGACAUACUUGUUCAAGAUGACACACGUUCUCAGCUCCAGCUACGAUCACCUCCGAAUUGUCGGCAGCGAGGCUGAGCUUCAGAAGGCUCGUAUGGCUCUGUACGAUGCUGCCCGAAUUGUCCUCCACAAUGGCAUGAGUCUGCUUGGUCUUACACCUGUUGAACGCUACGAGUUUGAACGAGAAUUUGUAAAAGAAAUGGGACAUGGAAUUAAAGAGGGGCAUGGAAUGAUGGGCGUCGAGUCUUAUCUCGACUAA